UAUUACUUGUAUACUUAUAAAGUGGGCGUUUUGGGCAUUGUUGGGGCCAUUCGUACCCUCCAUGAAGCAACAUCAUCAUCCUACGACGUCGGUAGGACACUCCUCCAGCCAUCACCACCACACAGCAGCAAGAAUCAAGCUUCAGCUCCUCAGACUGUCUGCACCCUGUCGAGUGUUGCUGAUUUCUCUGUAAGAUGAGAGGCUUCUUUGAGCUUGCAACCCUCCAGGCUACAAGGAGUGAGGGACCGUUGGUCGAAGAACAGACUCUUAUAUCCCAACUGGUUCUGGCAACAGGGCCAAGUGUUGUCGGUGUGAGUCAGACAGGGACAGCGGCAGCUGCUGCCGCAGAGGCAUCACAGGUGUGCUGUUGCAGGUGCUGCCCCAGGUGUUUGUGGGGUGUGUGUGCGUGUUUGUGUGUUGCUGGUCCCGGUAGGUGGCGGGUCGUCAUGAAGAGCCUGUGCCGUAGAGAUGGCUGCCCAACCGCAACAGACGCUGACUGCCACAAAUGCAAAUUCUAAGCACAGUUCUCUGUUGACGGGCUCCUCCUCCUCCUCCUCCUCCUCCUCAGGUGCAACACUGCCUUCGCCACACCUUGCUCACUACCAGGGGGGAAGAUUAGGCUGCUCUUCAGAAUUGGAUGGUAGAGGUGGCCUCGGUGGACACUCCGCCACACGCCCAUCUGUUUCUCGCCCCAACUUUUCCUCCUCCUCCUCUUCUUCAUUUUUGUCUUCCUCCACUCCAGCAGUACCCUUUGCAUUUUCUCCAUUGUCUACAUCUUCUUCUUCAUCUUCCACUUCUUCCCCAAGCAGCCACAGUCAGACACCCAGGCCAGCAUCCCGGCGCACUCGGCCCUGUUCUCUGUGUGGUACGAAAGCUCUCAGUCCGCAACCAACGUACUUGAACACGCCAGCUUUUGGAGUGCUUGAGCAGCCGAUCGUCUUGUUGCAUCGUUUGGAAGAUGGUCUGCCUCGAGGGGAUCUGAGAAGCCUUCAUGCUUUUGGUACGAUCCGUCUUGUGCCUGUCCAGUCAGCGGCCAAAGGAUGUGUCAGUGCUCCUGAUACAGGCAAUGGUGAGAACACUGGCUAUAAUGGCGGGGAAAGUCGGAUAAGGCAGGCCAUGGAGGAUGCCACCGAAGGUUGCGCUCAGGAAGUUCUCUAUGACCGUGUUUCCGCAUUCGGACGUGAAAAGAAUGCAACACACAGUGAUGGCGAGACUAACAGUGAAAGACUAGAGGAGAGUGAUACUGAAACUGGAGUGGAAAGUGUGUUCCUGGAAGAAAGUUACCCCUUAGAGGCAAUUGUUGAUACUGAAGUGGCAGUUGUUAGUAACCAUAGUGACAGGGGUGAUAAACUGCUAAUUAAGGAAAAUAGCUGUGUCAGAAGGCCUGCUGUGAGUAGUUGGUGCAUAAGUGACAGUAAGUGUAGUGAUACCCAUCAUGUAAGGGUAGACAAAGCCAAGUCUAUAAGGGAUCAGGGUAGUGAUGGUAACAAAAACAACUUACCCAAUAUUAAUUGUAAUUCAGUGAACACAGUGUUUACUUAUCAAGAUAGUGAGCGUGAAAAAAGAUUGGUCAGACACUGUUCAGCCGUGGAAGCAGAGUCCAACAAUUCUCCAUUCUUGCUUCAAUCUUGUGAUAAAAUCAAAGAAAACAGCUCACCUAGUGAUAACCAAUUGUUAAGUGCAAAAGAUAUUUCAGUUCCUUCUACAAAAUGUCCAUCCACUUUGUUAACCAACUGUGUUUCCACAACAUCCGUUAAAGCUUUACCUGGCUUCACCUCUCCAAGUUGCGUUGUAGCUCCAUCAUGUAAGCAAACUACUUCGACAACAAAAGCAUUUGCUUAUCAGUGCUCAUCAUCUGUUGUACAAAGGAUCCCAGAUUCAUUUGUAGCUUACUCUCCAAAAAUGAGGCACUCUCCUAUGUCUUGGAGUCCGCACACAGCCUCACCAAAUGUUUGUGAGUCUCCAGUUCUCAUUUCCAAUUCUUGCACUUCCCCCGAAAUAUUAGUAUCGCCAAUACCGUCUCCCCCAUCUCCGUGUGAGUCUCCUUCCCUCCCUUUUUCUCCACCUCCUUCUCCUGCUGCACCUGAAUUCAUACAGUCAGACUCUGCAGAUGCAUUGGGUAAAGGUGAGUCACAAAGUUUUCCUCUUUCCCCUUAUUCACCUGGAAGUUCACCAUCUUCCCCGAUUUCCCCAGCAGCACCGCUCUCCCCCUGUGAUUCCCCUCCUUCUCCCUGUGCAUCUGCAGAUUCUCCUCAGACUCCACUGGAGGAGGAGGAGGAGGAGGAGGAGGGCACACCUGCACCGCUUGAACAAAAUGAUGGGAUGGAAGAUGCCUCCUCGGAAACAGUAGGUCUCCCAUGUAGUACUCCUUCAGAAAGUGGUGACAACUGCACAGCAUCUCAGCACUCUUUGAUGAUUUCUCAUAGUAGUGAGGUUACCUCUGAAACAAAUUCUCAGGUUGAAUAUCAGUUAGGAGUUACUGAUGAACUGAAACCCACACAGUUUAGCUCAAUAGAAAGUACCGAUUCCGUAGACUCUUUAGGUCAAAGCGAAGACUUUACGUGCGACAGUAGAGAGACCGACAUUAAAUCCCAUUUAGAUAGCUGCAGUUCUAGUAAUGAAGAUGAUAAACCUGCUAAUGCUGAAAGUGAUCUCAAUCACAUGAAAUUAAAAGUUCGUAUACGGCCAAAGACGGAAACUCAACUACCUACUGACAAGUUUUCAAAUGACAGUUGUAACAAAAAUGGAAUCCCAAAAAUUGUAUUGACAUUGAGGGGUAAUGGACCAAACAAAGAAUAUUCUUGCUCAAAUAAGGUAAGGAAUGACGGCCAGUCCUCUUCUAAGGCGCAUGUGAUGCACAGAAAGCACAAAUCCAAAAAAGAUAAGAAAGAAAGAGAGAGAAACAAAGUGAGGAAAACGCCUAAAGGCAGCAGGUAUAAACGACAUGUUGAACUCUUUGGGGAGGAUAGUAAUGAUUCUCUUGAAUUGGAAAGAUGUGAUAAUAGUAGUGGAAUCCUUAGUCAGUGUGAUGACAGCUUAAGAGAUCCAGAAAAAAGUGAGGGUGCUGAAUCUCCUUUGGUAUUCUCUGUUCCAGGUGAGUCUGUGGAUAACAGUGAAGAUAGCUUUGUGUGGCCCAUUCCAAGGCCAGGGUACAGUUAUUCGGAGAAUAUUGAAAGAGUAUGUGAAAAAGUUAAGCAACUUAGUCCAGAAAAGAAGCAUAUCCAGGAAGAUUCAUUUGCAGAUUGUCUGCCAGACCUAGACCCUGUGCCAAACCCAGGGGACAAUGAUGGAGUGCUUAGGAUACCCAAAACGCCAUCGACUGCAAAGGAUGAAGUCUUUCGAGCUAAAACGCAAGGUUUUACUAAGAGAGAGAUUAAAUUCCAAAGAGGCAGGGUCAAAGGAAGGGUUCUUGCAAAGAAACGGUUGUUACUGAGUAAGAAGAAACAAGGAAGGAGUUUCUUAAGAAAUUGGCACUCCAAACAGGUGUCCAAGUGCCUUAGAAUUAAACAGAAGUCAGAGAUUAAAAAAGAAGCAGAGGAAGACCACACAACUUCAGAUUGUUCAUCAGAGGUCAGUCACAGCAAGGUUCUUGGAGAAGAUCAGUCACCAUCAGAAAAAGCUUCUACAUUGUCCAAUGAAGAGAAAAAUAACUGCGAAAGUGUUCCACCCACACCAUCAUUAACAGUUCAGGAAAUGGUGAGCAUAAACACAGAUGAUUCAGCAAAAGAGACAGUGGUGCAGAAAAUCUCUGAUAUUUCAUCUGCAGUGAAAAAAGAAAGUGAAUCCCAGGGCAGAAAUGAGCAUUCCUCUCAGGAGAAGGUUGAGCUAUCUUAUCUGAGAGCUCGACCAGAGAGAACCACGAAAAAAUGUGAAACGGGCCAGGACUCUGAUUCUUGUCUGUGGGUUAGCUUUGGUGUAAACAGACCUGUCCCUGUUCCAGCCAGUGAUUUACCUAGCCUUGAGCCAGAAACUGAAGUGAGGGAAACGGUCAAACCUGAGUACGGUCAUUCAGAGGGGAAGAGGAAAAUUCACAAUAUAACACCUACUCCAAAGUCACAGACAACUAGUGUCAAUAUUCCUGAGGUUGUUGAUUGCAAAACUGUUGCAGAUAAAUCAGCUGGUGCUGCAAGCCCAUUAGAUGUUAGAAAUAGUUCUGCUUCCCCUGGAAAUUCUCUGUCUAUUCCGUCCUCUGAUCUGGAAACGUCCCCGUCGCUUGAUGAGGAACUCUCACGGAAAAAGGCCAAAUACUCAAAACCAGAUGGUAUAAUAGCCAACAAUGUUGCAGAAGGAGGGCAGUCUGGAGAAGCAGGAGAAAGUAUUCCGGGCCUACCACCAGGGAACGUUACUGUUAAAACUAACAUUGUUAAACCUCAUAUAAGACUGCGGAGUGCUCCAAGGUCAACCUCAAAAGUAAUGGAGCAGCCAAGGGGAAAUCAGCAAAGCACUGAUAAUUCUUCAUCAAGGUGUACAACAGUAUCUAAAGCAUCUGUUAGCAGAGACAUAGGAGAAAAGAAUCAGAAACUUGAAAGUUGCAGUUUAUCUCAGUCAGCCUUUCUCUCUUCAGGUGGUCCUGGGAGUGGUGAUAUUAAACAAGAUAAAUUGAAACGUUUUGAAAUAGCUGCAGAGGACUCUGUAAAACCUAUUCCUCCAGAAUCAGAAGUGGAAGAUAGCCAGUAUUACCGACCGAAAAAGAUACAGAAAGUCUCAGAUGAAAAUCUACAAAAGCCAGUCUGUUCAAAGGCUCAACUAGAUGCUUUAUACCCUGAAGCAAGAGAUCCAGAAAAAACUAGUGACGAUAAUAACUGCCUUCGCUUUACAGAAGAGACAGUUACUCAUUUAAGUGCUGACAAGGGCUCUUCUUGUGAGGAUGAAAGGGAACCUCACAAUGAAGUCAUCAGGCCUGCUGCUGAGGUGCCUGCUAGUGAGUACAGUGCUUCCAGAAAUGAGAAAGAAACUCUUGAGGCUGUUCCUGAAAAUGGUGACAGAGGCAACCUUCUGAAUGUAGAUGGAAUCGAGCAGAGUGAAAACGUGAUCAUUCCUCCUCCACAUGACCCAGAAUUUGACAAGGUUUGGGCAGAUCGACGUCGCAAGAAGCGGAAACCCCGCUGCCGAAAGCAGGGUGUGAAGUCUGCUGCCAGGGAAGGUGGUGGAUCAGUGCUCGCUGAGGCACCUGGAGAGACACCGAGUGAAGAAUCCUCCGCUCCUUGCAAGGAUGUGGUUGCUCCCAAAGGCGUAGUAGUAGUGACAACUUCCGCCAAACAGAACAAGGAGGGUGUCAAGAAACAACGAAAAUCGAGGAAGAAAGACGAAAGUGGAUCAGGUGCUAAAGUAACAUCGGCUUUCGAGGCCAUACAACAAACCUUGGAAGUGAAAAGUGUGGAAGAACGUGGGCGUCGUCUGGCGCAAGAAAUCAAAGGCUUUAAUUGGCUAGAAGAAAAGAUCAAGAACAGUUCCUUAAACCAUAACGUGUCAUCCUCUGCACCAUCACCUGGUACAGCUAAAAGGCCGCCUCCCCCUCUCUUAUCCCAGAGCCAGUCUCUCCCAGCUACAUUGUCUGUACAAUCUCCAACUCCGCUUAGCCCUUCCAACCCACUGAAAAGGAAAGACGAACUUCCUUCAAGGAGGAAUUCAUUUACAGGAUGCAGUACAACUGGAGGCCUGAAAGGACAUCUACAGACUGCAGUACCACCUCUGCUUCCUUCAUACCGCGUAACAGCUCUCCCAAAGCGUAGUAGAUUAUCGCCACCUUGCUCAUCAGUUUCUUUAGGUGGUGGGGGUGUCGUUAUGAGCACUGCUGCAUCCAGUAACAACUCUGUUUUAACACAGGAAACCCCCGUUACAAGUAUGGGACUGUCGUACGGACCGGAGCCAAUCAGUGGAACUGCUGCUGCUACACUGCAAGACACUGUAGCAUCUUUGCAUUCACUCCCAGACUCUGAUAGAGCAACCCUCUAUAGCAGCACAGAUUCUAACACAGCCACGUUGUAUGGCGUUGCGAACCCACAAUUAGAGGUUCUUUUUGAAAAUGCAGAAACUGCUUCUAAUAGUUUAUACAAGAAGAACCUUGAUUCGACACUACAGAAUAUCGCUGUGUCGUUUCCACAUUUACCUCUAGCUUGUGCAUCAGAGGGGACUUAUCCUUACAAUUUAACAACCAGUGCCCUUGCCAAAGGUGGCCAUGGUAUCAGUACUCGAGACAGACAGUGUUCAACAGUGGUGAGCAACUCUAACCCCCGUGUUUCAACAGGACAUCCCACUUCUGGUGCUAGUGUGUGUGCAUCGUUGCCAUCUUCUAACAUUUCACAAAUGGCUGGUUUUAUACUAAUGCCCGAGCCUGUAACAAGUACUAGUAUGCCUACUGCCUUUAUUAACACUCCAGGAUCAAAUUCUACAACAAGGGAAGCUAGUACUUCUAAUGCCCUUGAAACAGGUUCUCCACAGCCAACAUCCUCGACAUCGCCUUCACCUAUCCCAGCAUCACCAUCACCUACCCCAGUGUUUUCUCAAAAGCACAUACUACUGAAGAGAGCAUUCAUGGAUAUGAUGAAAGAUACUGAAAAUGCACCAGAGUCCAGGAGUCCAAGCCUAGAAGCUGUCGUGAAAAUUUCACCGAAAGAUGUAAUGCAUGAGGAAAAAUCCUCAAAGGCCAUUGGUCCUGAAGAAGGAAGUAAGGAUCACAGGUUAAAGAAAACAGCUACAAGUGAUGUAGAUAUGGAAAGCAAAGACACACCCAACCAGGAAGAGAAAGUUGGGGAGCUACCUAAGAUAUUUGAGAAUUCUGUAAAAAAGGAGGAAGAGGAGAAGGUGAUUAAUGCUUUGUCCGCUGAUGUUAAACAAACACUUUUGAAGUCUACCACCAAAUCGGAGUCAUCCGAAAGUGACACAAAAUCCAGUAGUGAAAUGCAUCCAGCAAUUUUGUUUUCUAUGCUGUACGAAGAAUUGCAGAGAACAAGACAAGAAGUUGAAAGACUUCGGAAGCAACAGGAAAUGAUGCUUACUGAGAAAAGUGAAAAAGUAGAGGAGAAGAUUGUGAAAAACGAACUUCCUGUGAAAGAGGAAACAGUGCCUCAAGACACACCACAGUCUCUAAAAAGUUCCAGUGUUGGUUUUCAGAGUGAUGAUGACUCAGUGGAGAUUUGUGAAGAGAAACCAGCAAAAAUUAGCAUUCGCAGUGACCUCCUUGCUUCCAGUAGUCAAGCAUCAACUGGAGACCAGGUCCCAGUACAAACCACGCAGGUAUCAACAAUAAUGACACAUGGUAAUAGUAUUAGUCCCAAACCCUCGGUUAGUGUAUCCGAUAGACAGUUAAUUAGUCCAUUAGCUAAAAAGAGUCCAACGCUGCCCCAAAUGAGUCCUCAACUGCGUCAGACAAGUCCUCACUCAUCUCAAGUCAGCCCCUUAAACAGAACUAGUCCUGUUGUAAAUCCUCUUGUUAGUCCAGUUACUCACCACAUAUCCUAUCCUGCACCAGUACAAACUGUAGAGGUUUCUACCAUACAGUCAGCUGUGCCACUUCCUCAUACAAGCCCGACACCCUCACACAUCAAUGUGGUUUCCUUAUACUCAGCAUCUGGAUCAUUGAGGGCCAGCCCAGUUUUACCCAGAAAUAGUCCUGUAAUUUCCAGACAGAGCCCUAGUUCCUCAAGCAGUCCUGCAGUGCCUAAAAGUAGCCCUGCCCUGCCAAAAAGCAGUCCUAUUGCUCCACUGUGCAGCCCACGGGGCUCUAAAGAUGCUACUGUCGUUGAUAUUAAUUCUGAAAGUCUGCGCUCAAAAUAUGGUAUAAACACAGAUGUUGAAGUCAUGCCUGUCACUACUAACAGCAAGCCUCAACUAAGCGAGCCUCAGCCACACGCAUACCUCGAAGUGAUAGAGUAUCAAAAACCGCAAGAUGCACCUCUUCUUUUGGAAGCGGUUAAGAGUAGACGUCUUGAUAGUAGUGGUAGUAGUAAUAGUACUAGUAUUAGUAGUAGUAGUAGUAGUACCAUAAAUGAGAGACAGAGAAUUUUUUCUCAAAGUGCAUUGGCUCAGCACUUAGUGGGUGAUCAUGUCAAGCGAACAAUGCAUUCCCAACCAAUUGACAGUGAAAUAAAACGCAGUCGUUUUUCAACCUCAGAUCUUCCUGAAUUUCCACCAAGCUCUCAAAAACCACCACCUCCUUUAAAGCCUGUUGCAUCCCUCCAGAGAAGGUACUCGGAUAACAUAGAUGCAAGAAAUUCAGAGCCAAUAAUGGUUCAUUUUCCUUCCGGCAGCAUGCCAGGUUUUCCAUCAACAUCAGAGCAUAGUGCCUCAUCCCUAAAUUUUCUCCAGCCCAGGUCAAGCGUGACGCAGAAUACAAUUCUUUCUCCACACAUAAGAAGAUGUUCUGAUGGUAACACUGAUAGAACUAGAGAAUACCAGCAACAGUUUAAUUUACAUUAUCAGCGCCAAAUAGGUCCAUGUCCACCUGCAUUGAGAAGUCUUGGGCCAGACAAAGCAACUAUUUUUCCAAUACCAGCUCCAUCCUCAUCAUCGAGUAUGCAGUCAUACGGAAAACCACACACUCCUCCAAUAUCAAGGAGUUCUGUUAUAGAGCAGCAUAAAGCUUCUAUGAUUGAAUCAUCAAGUGCUGGCAUUUUUCCAAAACUGAAACAAACUAUUCAGCAAAGUUUCGAUGCACAAGUUGCUGGUGCUACUUCUCAGGAAAGGGUACAGCCGUCUGCCAUACCUUUCGAAAAAACACGUCAACCGCAGACUUUUGCAGCGCGUGUUCUCGUCCGUGAUUCCGUUCCAGAAACAGUGCCUCGCCUUCCACCUCCGCCGUAUUCAAGUCAGCACUACUCAAAUUGUAAUCCUCACUUACCAACUGUUUUGCCCAAUCAUCAUUACUUAAAUAAUAUGCACCACAGUUCAGGGACAAACCUGCAUCACAUAGUAGCUGGAGGUUUGAUCCGAGGGAGUCUCCAGCCUUCAUCGACAAAUAUUCAUAGCCAUAACAGUAAUCCUAGAAGCAAUACAAGCUCAGGCAGUAGUGACAGGAAAAGAUGCCUCAGCUGUCCACAACCAGCAAAAUUUCUAUGUUCUGGGUGUAAGAAAGCCUGGUACUGCUCUGAAAAUUGUCAGCGUGAACACUGGGCCAUCCAUAAUACGAGUUGUGUUCCAUGAGUGGAUAUAGAUUAUGCUGUGACUAAUGUGACCAUUUUCGUCCGAAGAAAUUUUGUACCUGAAGUUCUACAGAGGAUUUUGUACUCUGCUGAAAAAUUAGUUGAGUGGAAAUAGAAGAACAGUUCUAUUCUAAAAUCUGUCUGCUGUGAAAAAAAACUGUACUGUUCUUGAGAACAUGAAGCAGUAAUCAGAUGUGGGUUUUCAGAAUAACAGGAUUCCACAUGAAAUAUAAUUAUGAAUUCCUGAUGAAGUAAACAACUACGAUACUUCGAGGAGUUUGUGAUGACUGAUUUUGCCGAAGUGCUGAUUUCCAACUUACCGUAUUUUCAUAACAUUUGUUUCCUUGAAUUAUUCACUAACAGUGAGAGAUUAGUUUCUCGUGAAGUGUUGGAAACGUAACAUUCCUUCAACAAGUGGUUUUACGUACAGUUAUCCAAACAUGCUAGUCUAAUAAACUCGCAAUAAUCUGCAAGUACUUGAUAUCAAGGUGUUAAUCAUAUCAGGUGCUGUGAAUUCUUUUACAUAUUUUUUGUUGCCUUUCAAGAACUUUCAAGUUAAAACAGAAAUAUUGUACAGAUUUGCAAAUAAUUAAUUUUCAUAUUUUUGUUAGUGUGUGCCAUAAUGUAAGAUUAUUUUUAUACAUAUCACAUACUUAUUUAUUAAUUUUGUUAAAAAAAAAAAUUGUUGUUUUCAUGGACUUUGACAGAAUACCCAAAACAUGAUGACACAUAUCAAUCAAAAUGUAAUGUUCAUAUUUUUGAUAACUUUGCUACUUUUUCAUGUGAUUACAUACAUACUGAGUCUUGAAUAUAAAGUCUAAGUUGUGCAAAUGUUUCAGACUGGAAAAGGAACUUUGUGAAAAUGUUCAUACUAAUUUUUGAUCAUUAAAUUCUAGAAGAAUA